GCGUCAAGUGGACAAUUUUGUUGAGAAAUGUGGAUCCCAUAACUUUUCGAUGUAGGAGGGUAUGGAGCAGAAUCGCAACCGGAGUCUGUCUGCGUCGGCCUUGUCGACCCGCAUGGAAUCUGCGAGCGGAGAUGUGCCGCCAUCGAUCUCGGCAGCUGGAGCAUGGCCAAGGUGGGGCAGCGCGGCUCUGCGGGUCCCUUCUAUGCCCGGUGGUCUCCCCCCUUUGCCGACUUUCAAGGCGCUUCCGCAGUGGGACUGUCGAAAUGUGUUCUCACCGCCAAGGUCGGACACGUACACAAGCAUGCCUCCGCAACGUGCUAAGGAAUCCUUGUCCUCCCUCAUGGGCCAGGCUGCAGGUGGCCAACCACAAUUACCGUUUCAGAGAGGUUUUCCCACGCCAAUGGGUUGGGGAUGCCGCAUGAGCGCGCAGGCGUUCCACGUAUGCAGAGGUCGAGGUCCUUCGACGACUCGAUUACAGGUGGGGGAGUCCCAUACGAGCGUGGCAAGUGAAGAUGGUAGAGCGGCGAUGCAGACUUCCAACAUGGAAGUCGGCCUUUGUGGGCAGGCGGAGACGCAAAGAGGGGCCUUUGGCGGUACAGGUGGGGGAGUCCAUACGGGCGUGGCAGGCGAAGAUGGUAGAGCGGCGAUGCAAACUUCCAACAUGGAAGUUGGCCUUCGCGGGCAGGCGGAGACGCAAAGAGGGGCCUUUGGCGGGGGAGGUCCCCCCCCCAUCUGCCCCAUCGCCCGAUCGAAUGGAUUUCACACCGCAGGCAAUGGAAGAUGGGGAGAGUUGGCGACCCUCCCCCAACGCAAGGGCGCAGGACGCAUGCAGUGGUCCUGUGGAGGACAUUGUCAGGACGCAGGCAGCGCAGGGGAUGGUGACUGCAGGUGUGGAGGAGACAGGAGACGACAGCGGGCGGAGAGUGACAUGUCGGAGGGGUCGAAGUACCAGUGCACCGGAGGAGGAGGGAGACGAGGCAGGUCGGACUCCCCAGCUGCAGGUGGGAGAGACGAAACCAUGUCGGACAUCACGACAACUUUGGCGGAUUCGAACAAACAAAAUGCGGAAAUGCUUGUGGGAACUUUCGUGACUGCGUUGGAGGGGCUGAAUAAGACGAUGGCGGACGGCAAUACCGCUUUGCUCCAAUGCUUCGUCGUGCUGACGAGGCCCUUGGCCGGAUGUUUUGCGCGUGAUUCCAACGGCCACGGGGACAGGGACGGGGAAGGUCGACCUCAUGAGCAAUGAGGUCAGCGCUCGGAUUUGGGCAUUGUGAUGUGGGUGGUGGAGAUGGUCGGAUCCCACCACGCCUCCCCUCAUUGCGCCUUCCAUCGU